CAUCUAAAAUGGGGUGGAGGUAUCUAAUCUUGAACACAAUAACCAGAGAUUACAGCACACCGCGCCGAUGACUCAAAAAAGAUAAAAACUAUUCCAGUUAUGGUGGAAGGAGAGAGAAACCCCCUUUUCAAGCUCAAGUAACUAAACCCUUCUUCAAUCGUCGUCAUCAAUGCCUCCUUCACACACUCUCUCUUCUCUUUCUUCUCUCACAAACCCUUCCCACCACCACCACCUCCUCCUCCACAAACCCACAAUUUCCUAUCCAACCAAUUCACCUCACACUCUCUCCAUCAGAUCCUCCAUAGACAAACCCUCCACCACAAACAAAAAACCCACCGACACUAGUACCAAAACUAGCUCAUGGGUCAGCCCAGACUGGCUCACCUCUCUAACUCGGUCCCUAACCAUUGGGCAAGACGACGAUUCAAACAUACCCAUUGCAAAUGCCAAGCUAGAAGACGUCUCUGAGCUUCUGGGCGGUGCUCUUUUCCUUCCAUUAUUCAAGUGGAUGAAAGAAUAUGGACCCAUUUACCGCCUCGCCGCGGGGCCAAGGAAUUUCGUGGUGGUCAGUGACCCUGCCAUUGCCAAGCAUGUGCUCAGAAAUUAUGGCAAGUAUGCUAAGGGUCUUGUCGCGGAAGUCUCUGAAUUCUUGUUUGGUUCAGGAUUUGCCAUUGCUGAAGGCCCGCUUUGGACGGCGAGGCGCAGGGCUGUGGUUCCAUCUCUCCACAAGAAGUACUUGUCCGUGAUUGUUGAUCGGGUGUUUUGCAAAUGUGCUGAGAGAUUGGUGGAGAAGCUCAAAUCUGAUGCGCUCAAUGGCACAGCUGUAAACAUGGAGGCAAAAUUUUCUCAAUUAACACUUGAUGUUAUAGGUCUAGCAGUGUUCAACUACAAUUUUGAUUCCCUUAAUGGUGAUAGUCCUGUUAUAGAUGCAGUUUACACUGCCCUGAAAGAGGCAGAGGCUCGUUCAACUGACCUUUUACCAUAUUGGAAGAUUAAUGCUCUGUGUAAGAUCAUCCCACGGCAAAUAAAAGCUGAAAAAGCAGUUACAGUGAUCAGGCAAACUGUCGAAGAGCUCAUUAUAAAGUGCAAAGAAAUUGUGGAAGCUGAAGGUGAACGGAUUAAUGAGGAGGAGUACUUAAAUGAGGCAGAUCCAAGUAUCCUUCGUUUCUUGCUUGCUAGUAGAGAGGAGGUUUCAAGUGUACAAUUACGAGAUGAUCUUUUGUCAAUGUUAGUUGCGGGCCAUGAGACCACUGGUUCAGUGUUGACUUGGACACUAUAUCUUCUAAGUAAGGACCCCUCUUCUUUAAUCAAAGCACAAGAAGAAGUUGACAGAGUUUUACAGGGAAGGCCUCCUGGCUAUGAAGAUAUAAAGGAUCUCAAGUUUCUGAUGCGUUGUAUUAAUGAGUCAAUGCGUCUCUACCCACAUCCUCCUGUCUUGAUAAGAAGAGCUCAAGUUGCUGAUGUACUUCCUGGAAAUUACAAGGUUAAUGCUGGUCAAGAUAUAAUGAUUUCAGUGUAUAAUAUUCAUCAUUCUCCACAGGUCUGGGAGAGAGCAGAAGAGUUUAUGCCGGAAAGAUUUGACUUGGAAGGCCCAAUGCCUAAUGAAACAAAUACUGAUUUUAGAUUCAUCCCAUUUAGUGGAGGACCUCGUAAAUGUGUUGGUGAUCAGUUUGCCUUGUUGGAAGCCAUUGUUGCUCUCGCAAUCUUUCUGCAGCACAUGAAUUUUGAGUUGGUUCCAGAUCAGAAUAUUAACAUGACAACUGGAGCCACUAUUCACACAACAAAUGGUCUAUUCAUGAAAGUGACCCUACGGCAAACUAAGUCAGCAUUUUGUUCAUCCUCAUCUUCUAGGUAAGCUCGUGUAAUAGUAUAUAUUGUAAGUAUUGACAAAUUGUAAUUGUAAUAUUCCAUUGUGAAACAUAUGACUCAUCAAGCUGCUGAGUUUUGUACAUCAUUUCAAAGGUGGCUACUUUUAUUUUACGCCAUGCAUCGAAAUGUGGCUACUUGUGCGGCUGGACAACAGAAUUACUCAACGAGGACUAAAUCUUAUUUACAAUUACAAAAUACAUUUUCUAUUUUAAUUC